AUAGAAAUAGGUGGGCGGCGGGGAAGUCUAAGAUAAAUCGUGCAAUCUAUUUUCGUGAAAAAUUCAUCGAGGAUUGUUCUCAAUCGGUUAGCACGAAGAAGAGCUCUGUACCUGUCUAAAACUUGAAAUAUUUUGUGAAUCUUCAUAAGUGAUAAUGUCUGAGACCAUUUUACCUGAAGAGGUGACCAAGUAUAAUUAUCGGAAGAAAAUAUGGGACUUCAUGAAAAAGAAUGAGCUAGCAAAUUUUCCAUUGAGCAUUUAUAAUAGAAUACCAAAUUUUAAGGGUGCUACUGAGGCAGCACAGCGAUUAGCUGAAUUAGAAGAAUUUAGGAAUGCAAAAGUUAUAAAGAUCAAACCUGACAAGUCACAAGAGCCUAUUAGAGCCCUUUCCCUAGAGGCAAACAAAGAAAUACUUGUACCAAUACCAAGAUUGAAAUCUGGUUUAUUUCUUCAUAUUACUCCAACAGAAGGUGCUACCAAGGAGCAAAUAAAAUUUGCUGCCACGAGACAUGGAUUACAACAGAAUGGUAAACCACUUGGAAUUACCUCAAAAAUAAAGGUAGAUCUUGUAGUUUUGGGCUCCGUAUGUGUAAGUAAAGCUGGUUAUAGAAUUGGUAAAGGUGAAGGCUUCGCUGAUUUAGAAUUUGCAAUAAUGUUGAGGAUGGGUGCAAUAGAUAAAAAUACAGUAGUGGUGACAACGGUUCACGAUUGUCAAGUAAUUGAUGAUCUUCCAUCACAAUUGUUUCAAGAACAUGAUGUACCUGUCGAUAUUAUUGUGACACCAACCCAGACGAUAGUAGUCAAUCCCAGACUACAAAAGCCUGCAGGUAUACUAUGGCACCUUCUUAGUCAAAGAAGACUUAAAUGUAUGCAAAUACUACAGGAGUUAAAAGAACUGGAAGAAAAGGAAGGCAAAAUAAUAGUGUUGAAGGAAGUCGACUCUGACAGAGAAACUCGACAAUACGAGAAAAACAGAAAUAAGAAAGGAAAGAAUAAAACGCGUUCAAAAGCUAAGGCGGAUAUUUCACAGACACAAACUGCUGUUGGUGGCAAUAAAGAUAUAGUAAAACCACGUUUUCCAAAACGACGAUUGUAUCACAAACUUAGAGGAGACGGUGAUAAUCCUUCUAUAAACGAAGAUAACGGAGAAGAAAACGAUAACGAAAAACCUUUACGACGUAAACCCUUCAAGCCAAAAUCGAAGACACAAAUAGAUUUUUCAUUAAAAUUAUCGAAUAUUGCAUCUGAUGUGCGCGUGCGCGACUUGAAAAACGCCCUGUCUAAACGUGGCGUUAAACCUAGCGAGAUAUCAUGGCGAGGUCAGCGAGGUUUUUGUUAUUUGCACUUUGGUAAAUUGAGAAACGGCAACUCCUUACCUGAUCAGCCAGUGCAAGUGGAUUCCAUAGUAGCAAAUUUGCAACAAUUUCGGAUUAACGAAACCGAAGAUUCUACCGCAAGUGACUUUAUAGUGGUAGAACCUACCAAGCCAAUAACAAGAAUUGAAGUCACUGACGUAACUACCGUGUAAUAAACAAUAACUGUCUAAAAGCCGUUAUUAGUUGACUAAAGAUUAAUGUCAAAGUAAUGAAGUAAUACCUUGAAAAAAUUAUAAAUACGUUACACUCGGAACGUAAUAACCAUUCAAAGUGAAUGUUCUGAUAAUACGGAAUUCUGUUACAACUUAUUUGAGGAACUCAUGUCUCUAUUUAUAUGAAGAAAAAUCUGCUUAUGUCUCUAGUUUAGCGCAUCAAAAAUUACAAUUAACUCUUAGAGUUACUAAUUAUGAGGCUAACAAAAGAUUAUGCUAUUAAAAUAAGCCUCGUUUUUAUUGCCAUACGAGACUAAGAAAAGGGCAUCUGCUCGGAAAUUAUUAAUGAAGUGAAAAUUAUAUGAAUGAUCAUAGUUAUAUGCAUCAUUAAUAGAUUCAUGCUUUCGUACGCGAUGUAAAAAAACAUAUCAUUGUUUCUUUUACAAGUUUGAACGAAUAUUAAGUUGCGCAUGCGCAAUUCGUUUAAAAUAUAAUUAUGACGCUUCAUUUUAGGCAUUUGAAAAUUAUGUAAUAUAGAAUUUUUCUAUUUUCGUAGAAUCUCAAAAUUCUAUGACAGGUUUCUUUGUUGGUUCUUUAUCUUUUUAAUUUCUUGUUAAUUUAAUUUGUUUUAAAGUAAUUUAAAACGCACUUACAUGCGACUUAGAAUGUUUGACGGUGCUUGAAGUUCAAUAUUUAUCUCGUAAAGCAAUUUAAGGCACUGUGGCAAUUUCUCGACGCAUUUAACUGAAAUUACAGACUGACGACACUAGUUUAAUUAAUGCUUAACGAUUAAUGAGACUCCAGGAGCAUACGAAGCUUAUAUUGCUUACAAGUGACGGUUGUAGGUAAAAGAAAAAAAGGAAGAAAGAAAGAGAGAAAUAAAGUAUCCUCUAUUUUUCUUAUAUAAAAUAUUUUCAAAUUAAUUCAAAGAUAUUAUGAUACAAUGACAUUAGAGCCAAAAUAAUUAUAGCAUAAUAAUAAAGAUUCACUAUAUUUUAAUGCUCUGGUAAUUGUAGACGCGUGUCGCGGGUUUCCAUGUUCUCAUUUUCAAAAGAGCUAAAUAAGAGACCGAUUAGAUUCGAAUACGCGUAUCCAGUCUGGGAUCAAGGAGACGGCAAUACUUUGUGAUAUUAACAGAUAUAAUUUGUUGUUUUAUUUUUCUAGCUUUAGUAUAAAUAAUAUUAAUAGCGACAGUGGCGAACGAUAAUAAAGUAUGCAUAGAAUUGAAAUAUAUUAAAAACAAUACUUUUAUUUUUUA